AGAGUCAAGACUCAAAGAGUGCUGUGCCGAAGCGGUGUAAACGGCUUCGUUUCAAGAGAGAGACAACCUUACCAGACUAAUUAUUAUCUUCGUAGUUCGAAGAACACAAAAUAUUACUCUCUCCGGUCUCCGUGUCAGUAAAGUAAAGAGUAAGAACCGCUUCUCAAGCAAAAAUGGGUUUAGCUUCAGCGCUUAACGCUCCUUCCAUCGGCCUCCAAUGGGCCGCGUGUCCCGGCGGCGAACCCGUCCUUCUGGGCCGCCGACCGGCCCAUCUCGUUCUGCCGCCUCAACGAAUUCCAUCUCGGUCUGCGUCCACGCUUGUCUUCUCUCGCCGUCGAAACCGCAACUCGGCAAUCACAUCUCCGAGAAAGAACAACAAGCUGCAAAAGUUGGGUAGAAAUGGAGGUUUGGAAGAGGAGGAAGAAGAAAUCGAUGAUGAUGCUUUUGAGGCGCUCUUUAGGCAGCUUGAGGAAGACCUUAAGAAGGACGAUCCAUCUCUGUUUGACGGUGACGACGACGACGAAGAUAUAAGCGAGGAAGACCUCGCUAAGCUUGACGAACAAAUUGCCGAGGUGUUUGAUAUGACUGGUUACGACAUUGAUGAGGAGGAUGAGGUUAUUGAGAUGGAAGAGGAAGACGAAGACGAAGACGAGGACGGGGACGAAGAGAAGGAGGAGGAAGAGGAAGAAGAACAACCCGUGACGCUUAAGAAUUGGCAACUUCGGAGAUUGGCUUCCGCUUUGAAAAUCGGUCGUCGGAAGACCAAU